AUGGACAGUACAUUAGCGAUUAAUUUCUUUAAGGGUCAUCCAAGCUUUCGACUAUUGCCUAAUGAGCAGAUUGUAAAGGCUACUACUCAAUUGUUACAAGAUAACACAAGAGAUUAUGAUGACGAUCCAGUAAAUAGACAUCCUUUGACUUAUGGUUCGAACGAAGGUUCCCUUUGGGUUAGGGAUACUAUAUGUGAGUUUAACAAUUAUAAAGCAUUCAAAUUCAAAGCAUCUGAUAAAAAUGUAAAAUCAAAACCAGAGUAUUUAAAUUUGACUUCUGGUGCAUCCUACGGUGUUUUAAAUAUAUUGUUACAAUGUACUCUACCUCAUACAGGCUACACUAGACAAGCAUUCAUCAUUACUCCAACCUAUUUUCUCAUUAACGAUUGUUUCUUUGAUGCUGGAUUUGGAAACAAACUAACUGCAAUAAAUGAAGUUGGAAACGAUUCGUUUGAUUUAAAGAUGCUAGAAGACAAACUCAUUUACUUUGAGGAGCAGGUCAACGUUAAUAAAAUCGAAGAAAAUUGUAACGAUGACUUUGCUGUAUUGAGAAACCCUCUAAAAGCUGAGCAAGAUCAAAAAAAAAUUUACAGAUAUGUCAUAUAUUUGAUUCCUACAUAUUCCAACCCAAGUUCUCAUACCUACAACAUGGAAACAAGAGUCGCAUUGAUUGAUUUAGCGAGAAAAUAUGAUAUGUUAAUUAUAACAGAUGAUGUUUACGAUUUAUUAAAUUACAAUAUAUCCGAGGGGCAGAUUACUAACAACGAAAUACCAACCCCAAUGAGGCGUUUAGUACAUUUAGAUAGGGAAACGAACUCUGAUCCAAUAAGUUUUGGAAAUACUAUUUCCAAUGCAACAUUUUCGAAGCUAAUAGCCCCAGGUCUAAGAUUUGGCUAUCAAGAAUCUAUCAAUGAAAAAUUAGUCUCUCAAUUGUCAAUUGGUGGUGCCAACGUUUCAGGAGGCACUCCAGCUCAACUAAAUUCCAUGAUUGUUGGUACAUUGUUGAAGAAUAGAUUAGCAGAAAAAAUUCUAUUUAAUUUCAUCAAGACAUACAAAGAUCGUGCAGCUGUAUUAUAUACGGCUAUGAAAUUGUAUAUGCCAGAAGGAACAGCAUUUAGCAAAAUGAAUGGUGGAUAUUUUUGUUGGGUAAAGCUACCAGAAAAUUAUGAUGCUGUAGCUAUUGGAAAAUUAGCAAAAAAGGAAGGUGCAAUUGUUGCAAACGGUUCAGAUUUUGAAGUAGUUGGAGAUACUAGAGAUUGGGGUAAAAACUGCUUUAGACUAUCUAUCAGUUUUCUAGAGAGGGAAGAUAUAAGGAAAGGUAUCGAGAUACUUGGUAAAAUAUGCAAACAAUAUAGAAAAGCAGCAUCUAUUGCUUAA